AACUACCUUCCUUUCCUGCCAGACCAGCUGCAGACUCAAGUCUCAUCUCUCCAUUACCAAGAGCUCAUGCCACCGGGUUCCUGCCUGCCAGAGGAGCCCAAGCCAAAGAGGGGAAGAAGGUCGUGGCCCCGGAAGAGAACGGCCACCCACACUUCUGACUACACAGGUUGUGGCAAAACCUACACAAAGAGCCCAUAUCUCAAGGCACACCUUCGAACUCACACAGGUGAGAAGCCUUACCACUGGGACUGGGACGACUGUGGGUGGAAAUUCGCCUGCUCUGAUGAACUGACCAGGCACUACUGUAAACACACAGGGCACCGCUCCUUCCAGUGCCAGAAGUGCGACAGGGCCUUUUCCAGGUCGGACCACCUAGCCUUACACAUGAAGAGGCACUUUUAA